AUGAGAGAAUUGGAAAACAAAGGAGCAUGGAUCAACUUAGGGUUCAGAGAUCAUCCAGAAAGAGACCUGCAACAAAUCGUUCCCCCAGACGUGAUAAGCAAAACGCAGCGUCUUGAAACAGUUCGCCUGCAUGACAGCAUCCAAGAGGAAUCUUUUCACUACUUAAUAUUUGACCUUGUAACAGGGGGAGAGCUGUUUGAGGACAUUGUGGCAAGAGAAUAUUACAGUGAAGCCGAUGCCAGCCAUUGUAUUCAACAAAUUUUGGAAAGUGUCCAUCACUGUCAUCAAAAUAAUGUGGUUCACAGAGACCUCAAGCCAGAGAACCUCCUCCUAGCAAGCAAAACUAAAGGAGCAGCUGUGAAAUUAGCAGAUUUUGGUCUUGCAAUAGAAGUGCAGGGUGAUCAACAGGCUUGGUAUGGCUUUGCAGGUACACCCGGAUAUCUAUCUCCAGAAGUACUUAAGAAGGAUCCAUAUGGUAAACCAGUUGAUGUAUGGGCAUGUGGAGUAAUACUCUAUAUAUUAUUAGUGGGUUACCCUCCUUUCUGGGAUGAAGACCAACAUAGGUUAUAUGCACAGAUUAAAGCUGGCGCUUAUGAUUAUCCAUCCCCUGAGUGGGACACAGUUACACCAGAAGCCAAGAAUCUCAUCAACUGUAUGUUAACUGUGAAUCCUGCCAAACGGAUCACAGCUUCUGAAGCUCUCAAACAUCCUUGGAUUUGUCAGAGAGAGAGGGUAGCUUCAACACUUCAUCGACAAGAGACUGUGGACUGUUUGAAGAAGUUCAAUGCUCGGCGUAAACUCAAGGGAGCCAUUUUAACAACGAUGCUGGUAACUCGUAACUUUUCUUGUCGCAGCAUUAUAAAUAAAAAAGGUGAAGGAUCUCAAGUUAAAGAAUCAACUGACAGCAGCACAACCUUGGAAGAAGAAGAUGUUAAAGACGUUAACUCUUCUGGUCCAGAUCGAAGCAAAACUGUUAUCCAUGUUGAUUCAGUCAAAGCUCCAAUUCCUGACAGUAAACCCAUAGCCAAGCCUGAAUCUGAGCCUGGCCAACUCUCCUCCUUUAUUCGAGCCAUAAGGAUUAAUAAGGUUGGUUCGAUUGAUCCACACAAGUCAGAAAUCAUCAAAAUUACAGAGCUUCUUAUAGAGGCCAUCAACAAUGGGGAUUUUGAAAGUUACACGAAAUACUGUGAUCCCCAAAUAACAGCCUUUGAACCUGAAGCCUUGGGAAAUUUGGUUGAAGGAGUGGAUUUUCAUAAAUUUUACUUCAAUAGUGUUUCAGGAAAAAAUAACAAGCAUAUAAAUACAACAGUUCUCAAUCCUACAGUCCAUCUACUUGGUGAAGACAGUGCUUGUAUUGCCUAUGUACUCCUUACACAGUGUGUGAAUAAGUCAGGGAUUGUUUAUACUGAGCAAACCAAAGAAACCAGGGUUUGGCGUAAGAUGGAUGGAAAAUGGCAAAAUGUUCACUUUCACCGCUCAGGGGUAGGUUUUUCUUCCGUUACAACUUCCCAUAAAUAAAGCUGAGCCAAGGUAGUUCUGCCAAUUUGUCAUUUGUCAGCUUUGUGGACAAGCUAAUGGCCAGUUUACAGUGGCCCCAAUAUGGUCACCCAUUGGUUCAUCCUAUGUGUUUUGAAGAUAUGUGUGAUCCAAGAACUAAUUCCCACCUGCUCCUACUCAAGAGUUCUCCGAAGCACCGAGUCCUAUGUAUGACUUCUUAAGGGGUUGAGGUUAUAAGUCAAGAAAGCAAAGUCAGUGUAGAAGCCCCUACUUUGCAGUUGAUGGAAAAAUUACUAGAAUGAAACUUGCUUUUCAUAUUGCAUAUAUUUUCUUCUCUCUAUAAUCCCAAGUUCCCAGUAAUGUGCAAAAUCAAGAAUUUAUUGAUUGUAUGUACCUUUAAUGUUCUUGGCUGUUUUCAUUAAAUCUUCUUGUGAAUAAAACUGAAUAUCUGGUUGAAAUUAUUUAAAGUUAAAUAUCCAAGGUUUCUAUCAACCUUCAUAUAUAAUAUUUCUGUUACAGCUACAGUAUUGUAUAUCUGUGUAAUAUUCAUGUCUUAGCAUAGAUUUAAAAUCAAACAAAUGUAUUUCUCAUAACUAGAUUUGAUUAAAUGAAGUGGUGAAACAUAAAGGUUGAAUAAAGACAUAUUGGAAGAUUAUGGAAAUAUUGUGUUAAAGGAAUAAUGAAUGUGUAUAUUAAACAGCCAAGGUAUUUUAAGUAUUAAUUCUCUUCUUUGUGAUCAAGAUCUUUGAAUAUGUGUAUUAAGAAACAUAAUAAAAAGAUUAAUAAACCUUUACUAAGUAUGAGAGAUGUUCAAAUACAGUUAAAUACAUGUGUUAUAGCCCACUGAUUGGUAUAUUUAACUACAAAUUAUAAUUUAUGUAUUAAAUCAAAAUCACAGUGAAAAAUUUACACUUUUUUAAGUAACAAGGAUAGUUUAAGUGUAUUUGAACAAGUAGUAAAAAAUAACAAAACAAAUACUGUUUUUUAAGUAUCAUAGCUGUGAUGUUACAUUUGAAUGUCUGUAUAAAUGAGAGAGUAAAAAUGUACAUUCAGUGCUAUUAAGUAUUGUAGGUGAUUAAAAAUGAUCAAAAACGUGUAUUAAGCAAUGUGAUAACCACUGUACCAGUUAGCCAUAUUCAAGGUGUUUGAGGAUAAAAAUCCCUUGUAAAACAAAAUACUAAAUAUAGUCAAUUUUAAUUGCAUAAAAUAUUGUAGGUGAUGAAGGGUUUUGAACUUUUGUAACACAUAUUGUAGUCUGUUGGUGUUUGUGUAACCAUAUCGAAUAUGUUAAAGAAUGUUUUGAACCUAGUAUCAAACAACAUAAUUAAUUGGUAGUUUUAAUCAUGUCAACUCAAUCUAACUUUUUCAGUCAUUGGUACUGAAAUAAUGGGCAGAAGUGUUUUAACUUGGUUAACGAAUAGAUCGGUAUCAUAUAAGAUUUCCCAGUAUUCAGUAAUACCUUUGGCCAUUAACUAAAUUUGGUGAUAAUAAAUACUGACAUAAUUUUUUAUUAUAGAACUAUAUGUAGGUAAAAUAGUUUCAUGACUUAAGUUAAGAAAUGAGAAGGUUUAUAAAUUUACAGAUAACUGCAAACGUUUUGUCAGUCUGUUUAUAAGAUGUGAAAACUAUAGGUAUAUGUUUUUUUUUAAGAACUGUUUAAAUCAAUUUUUUGUAUUUGUUUCAUUUCUAAUAUAUAAUAGUUGCUAGUGGCAUUAUGAAUUGGAUAUGUUUUUUUUUCAUAUUUAAUUUUCCAGUUGAUAAAAAUAAUCCAUAAAAGACUAAAGCAAAUACAUUUUUCAUUGUUCUUUGUUUUCUUUUAAAAUGUAACAACUGUUUUAUCAGAUGAUUGUUUAAAUGAUAAACAACAUAAAAUUAAGCAAAGACUUGAAUAUCCAUGGUCUGUAAUUAUUUUUAUUAAAUAUUUUGAUUUUAAAAACUUUAAAAGCUUAGCUCUCCAUGUAAGCCAGCAAUGUCACUAAUUAUAAUAAAAAAAAAUCAAUGUUGAUAUUCAAGUGUUUAUUUGAUGUAUUGAGAUUUGUUUUGUAAAAAUUAACAAUUCCCUUUGAACAUUCAUGAAAAUAUUUCGUAUCAAUAGAGAUUUUCUAGGUUUUAAUCAAUAGCUAAAUUAUUGUUGUUCUUCUCUUUUGUACUUUUUGCUAUUUUACAUUUUUAAUAUAUGGGUUGCAGUGAUAUAUAUAUAUAUAUAUAUAUUCUACAAUCUAAUUGUGCUAGUUUAAUAACUCUCUUUAGUUUCCUAAAUUACUUUAGAUACUCUUUGUGUAUUUAUUUUAUAUUGAUUAAAUUCCACAUUCAUUUUUUUCUUUUGUUUUAUAAAUGAGACCAUUUUAGAAGGCUACCCACAAUACCAACACAAUACUGGAUAAUAGUAGCUUUUAUUAUUUCUAUAAGUAUUUCAUCAAAUUUCAUAAUUGUUUUUAUAGUAUGCUGGUGGAUAAUAGUGAUUUAAUUGAACAAUUCUAUACUAUUAAGAUACAAGACAAAGGUGUGGGGGUAUGAGUGUGGAUUACCUAAUAUUUUGUUUUAAGUAAAAAAUGCAUAAAAAUAUUUUAAAAUAUUGGCUGCAUUAGACAAAAACCACUCAAUAAAAACAAAUUAAUGUGAUUGAAGUGGGUUGUUAUUGAAAAUGUGCAAACUUUUGAAAAACAAUAUUUUAUGACCAUGUUCCUUAAAAUUGUUAUUAAAAUCUUUUUCUCCUUCUUUAUCCGUGUUAUGAAAUCUUAAACCAAAGAAUCUUGGCUACUGACACUUAACUGCUCUUGGAGAUAUAUAUAUAUAUAUAUAUAUUUAAAACAGUUGUUACCCCAAAUAAUGUGUUUUUCGUUCACUUACAGUAAGUAAAAGGAUGCUAAGAGAAUUAACUUAUUAUCCUUUUUUUUUUUCCUUGCAACUUUAUAAUUUCCCCUUUUACAAAGAUUUUGGAGUUUGUCAUAGUGAAUCCGGUUAUGGGUAUGACCAUUCCAUGAUGCAACUAAUCUGUUUCUAUUCAUUUAUUAUACCUAAAUAUCGAUGAGAUAAAUCUGCACCAGUAGAGCAAUUAUUACUUGUAUUACUCUUACAUUAUAUUGCCAUAUUCUUUACACCAAAAACAUAAGCUUCGUACAGAUACUGAUUGAUACACAGAAAAAAAAUAGAUGUGCACAUAAAAGUAUUUCUUUGUGUUUUAUCUUAUUAAAAAUAAUUAAUGAAUGUGUAUUAGUUUUUGUUGUUGUUAUUAUUUUUUGUAUUAAUUUGUGUGAGGUGUUAAACGUUCAUGGUCAUUUAUUACAGUUCUUUGUUUAUAUUAGAUACAUAAAUUGUAUAGGAUAAGGUCUUUAUAUCUUCUUAUUGCAACCUGUUUGGUUUCUAUUAUAAUUGAUGUUAAAGAACUAAUUAAGAUCACAAUGAAGUUAUAAGUCAUGAUUUACCAAAAAAAAAGGAAAUAGCUUGCACUAAUUCUCCUCUUUCCAUGCAAACUAUCAUAAACGAUUUGUAAUUUUAAGAAACAGCCACACACACACACAAAAAAAAAAGCUUAUUAGUUAUGUUUCCAUACUUUUUAUUUGUUGUUGUUUCUUGUAUUCAAUAUACCAGUGAUAAAUUAUCAAAAGAUUUAGGAAAUGGGUAUGUGUGAAACAAAAGAAAAAAAAAAAAGAUAAAACCAUGUUGGUCUCUUCUAAACUUUACUGGAAUCACUGCAAAUCAUCUGUUUGUUAUAAAACCAUAAUCCUUCUAGAAAUUAUAUACCAAAAUCCUUAUCAUAAUUAUACUUUUCUGUUGUAUAGCUGAAGCAGCAAAACCUUUAAAAAUACAUUUGUAUUUGUAAUAAAGGGCAGUGAAAAUUA